AUGUCGCGUCACGGGUCCGGUUGGCCUUCCUGGACACAGGAAGAAUUGUCCACUCCUGGCGCGGGGCCCUCAGGGUCCCGAUUCAACAACGCUGAGCGAGAGCUCAGUGAAGAUUCGCGGGACGCGCAUGUCGCGCGUAGCCGCAGGGGAUUUCAUGUCCUUAAAAAUAUGACUGGCUAUACACAGUCUGACGCGGGCUUGCAUUUCCCCGCCGUAUUCUCUCACCCCGUCCCAUCCUUUGCCGCUCCCCCCUUUCCAUUCCCCGCUCCUAUCCCCUUCUCCCUUCCUACCUGGGCGUCCACCUCGAAUCCGGUACUGGCCCCUCAUCGUCUAUCACCGCAUGCGCUCUCAUCGACUCCCGCGCCCGUCCGUGAGAUACCGACAGGGCCGGUCAGCCCCGCCCUGGAAGAGUCUCCGUCCCCUGCGACCCCCGCCGCACCUCCAACGACCGCAGCCCCCGCCUCCUCUACCGCCCCCAUCACCCUCGUCGCCCCCGCCCCCAUCACCCUCGUCGCCCCCGCCCCCGAUGCCGUCUCUGCUCCCGCUCCCGCCCUCGACGCCAUUUCGAUGGCGUGCAUCAUACCGACCGACGCACAGCGGUCGACGUACUCGGCGCUCGAAGGCGCCGUGAGACCCUUCACGGGCCCUUGGGCGGCCAUGGCGCGCACGAUCGCUGCGGCGCGCCUCAACCCGCAGUGGGACCCGUCCGUCUGGCGGAGGGAGACCAGGAAGCGCGAGGCGGACGCGGAGGAGGCGCCGUCACCGAAGAGGGCGAGGAUGGAGGAAGAUCUCGAAGGAGCGACUGCCGGGGCGAACGCGGUGGGGGGCACGAGGGAGAGUGAAGGGGAGGAGGGAGAGAUGAUGGAGAUGGAGAUUGGGACUGGUGCGGUGAGUGAGGGGAGCGGUGGGACUUGGUCCUCGGAGAGCGGGUUCAGGCCCAUCGCGCCCAUGUCUGCCCCGGGGCUGGUCGGGGCAGCUGGAGGGCUGCACCCUAGACUUGUGGCCGUACCACAGGUUGAUGGCAGCGCCCUCUACCAACACAACGAUAUAUCAACAACGUCCACCCACAGGGUGGACAACCCCGCAGGUGAGUUUGUUGUCGAGCCUGUACCGCUGCCUAGCGGAGGGCCUUCGACAUCACCAUCUGCGGACGACCAGGAAGAGGCCAGAGAGCCUAUCGAGGACGGUGACGACGAAGACCAGCUCGGGCUCGGAGACGAGACCACUCUGAGUCAGCGCGAGGCCGCCGUCGUGAUCGACGAGAACAUCUACGGCGCGGACAUCAUGCGUUGCAUACCAUGCAACAAGACCUUCCGCCGUAAGUACGACCGCAGGCGACAUAUCGUCACCGUCCACUACCUGGGCAAGUUCCCCUGCGACUGGUGCGAUAUGUACUUCUACACGCGCCGCGAUGGGAUCACUCGGCACAAGAAGGGGAACUGCCCAGCCAGGGACUUCGAGGAUCGGCACACGAACCCAUGGAGGUGGUUCACGGCCUGGGCGGAGGUGGGGCACGGUAGGAUCGAAGAGGCGGAGGAGGCUGAGCUGAAGAGUUCCCACACGACCGUGCUUGGCUCGCCGCCGAUCUCGAACCUGGCGGACUGCAGCAGACUGGAGCAAGACAAGCCUGUAGUCGUUAUGUAA